AUGCCGGUGUCAGAAGAGGCCUUUGCUCCCGCAGCCCCGGCUGCCAUGCCCCAGGAGACCCAGCAGACAGACUUCCAGCUGGUGCGAGUCAAGAGCACGUGGUGCCGGAUCAAGAAAGGAGAAGCCCUUUCCGACUGCAAGGACAAGAUAACUCUCUCCGAAGCAAAAAUAGGUGAAUGCAUCUCCAAAGGUGGGAUUUCCUGGACAAUUGAAGCUCCCAUCUAUUUUUGCUACAAAGUGGUAGAAACAUACAAUAUUCUGGAUCACUCUAAUACCACUCUGCUCUGGGGUCACAUUACUGACCCCCAGCAACUAGAGCUAGCCACCAGCGGCAAAAGGAAGCUGAGGCGCUUUAUUGUCAUAGAUGAAGUGGUUGACAAACUUUACGGCUCCAAAGUCAGAGAAUACUUUGAAGAGAAUAACGUUCAGCACAAAAUCCUCGCUCUGCCUACCACUGAAGAAACGAAAUCCAUGGACCUGGUCUUGAACAUCUUGCAAGAAGUCCAGAACUUCAGCAUCGACAGGCGAACUGAGCCCAUCAUCGCCAUCGGAGGAGGCGUCUGUCUGGACAUCGUAGGACUAGCUGCCUCGCUCUAUAGAAGACGCACCCCUUACAUUCGGGUCCCAACAACCCUCCUCUCUUACGUUGAUGCCAGCGUGGGGGCAAAGAACGGGGUGAAUUUCCUGCAAUGUAAGAACAAGCUCGGGGGCUACACCCCCCCGGUAGCCAGUUUUCUGGAUAGAUCCUUCAUUCAGAGCAUUCCUCGGCGACACAUCUCCAACGGCCUUGGUGAAAUUUUAAAGAUGGCACUCAUGAAACACAAAGGGCUGUUUGACCUGCUCAAGAGCCAUGGGAAAUACCUGCUGGACACCAAGUUCCAGUCCUACAGCAGCUCUGCCGACCACGGGGACGCUGCACUGCAGACUACCAGGAUUGCCAUUGAAACCAUGUUGGAAGAGCUGGCUCCCAAUCUCUGGGAGGAUGACCUGGACAGACUGGUUGAUUUUGGUCACCUUAUAAGCCCAGAGCUGGAAAUGAGGGUUUUGCCGUCGCUGAUGCACGGAGAAGCUGUGAACAUCGACAUGGCGUUCAUGACGUACGUCGCCCACGUGCGAGGGCUCAUCACCGCCGAGGAGAAAGAGCAGAUCAUCCAGUGCAUGAGGGGCCUGGAGCUGCCGGUCUGGCACAGCGGCUGCAGCUGGCCCCUCAUCAAGAGAGCCCUGAUGGAGCGCCUGAAACACAGCGGGGGACAGCCCCGGAUGCCUCUCCCCACCGGCCUCGGCGUAGCAGAGAUAUUCAAUGACACCAGCGAAAAGACCCUGGAAAGAGCAUACGAGCUGUGGGUCAGGGACUGCAAGACAGCGCUGGAAGAAGAGCCGGCUGCUCUCUCAGAGCUAUGA